UCACCGCCCCCUCGAGCCCCCCCCACCACCCGCCACACCGCCCUCUGCUGCCUGAGGCUGUCGCUGGUUCCAUACCUUCGAUCGCCCCUUGGCCUCUGGUCAUGUGAGCCCAUAGUCCUUUCCGCCUCGGUGACAGCGUGUACGAAAAGCCGAGGCUCGAUUUGGACAUAGUAGGAAUCCUAUUAUUGAGACCCUGUAUAUAGAAAAAUAUGGCAGUUUCUACCUUCAUCAGUUAAUAAAAUCAAGUACCUACUAUUGCUAUUCUUAAUCAUAAUUACAUUGAAUUUGCGAUGGGGGGGAAAUGCGUGUCAUUGCAGUUGAUACUGUUAAGAAACUCGCAAUUUGUGCCCUGAAAAGCCAUAAUGGAGAUAUCAAUGCCUCCACCUCAGAUAUAUGUAGAAAAAACUCUGGCCAUUAUCAAACCAGAUAUUGUUGACAAAGAGGAGGAGAUACAAGAUAUUAUUCUCAGAUCCGGAUUCACCAUUGUUCAGAGAAGAAAACUACACCUCAGCCCUGAGCAAUGUAGUAACUUUUAUGUGGAACAGUAUGGAAAAAUGUUUUUCCCCAAUUUAACAGCUUACAUGAGUUCUGGACCACUUGUCGCCAUGAUAUUAGCUAGACAUAAAGCCAUCUCUUAUUGGUUAGAACUUUUGGGACCAAAUAAUAGCUUAGUAGCGAAGGAGACACAUCCAGACAGUCUAAGGGCAAUUUAUGGCACAGAUGACCUAAGGAAUGCACUUCAUGGGAGUAAUGACUUUGCUGCUGCGGAAAGAGAAAUACAUUUUAUGUUUCCUGAAGAUUUGGCUAGCUGAUUGGCUGCUGAAAAAUAAUCCUAACAAACCCAAACUUUGUCGCCAUCCAAUUGUAGAAGAACCUUAUUAAAAAAACCUCGAAAGAACAAAUCAUGAACUAUCUUAUUGUAAAAGGCUGUAUUUCUAUUGUUUGAAAAAAUUAUUUCUAGGGUUUAAGUAACUACAAGUAAAAUAAAUUUAUUUCUUAAAAAUAAGUGUUAAAG